AUGUCUGCAGUCUCGCGGCCGUCCCGGGCUGCGUUCUUCAUCUUCAACCCUUCUCUGGUGCCAAAGGAGCCGAAACCUACGGAGGAGGCGAUUCAGGAUGCGAAGAUCAUCUACUACUCACCCUCUUGCGCACCCAUCGAGGAAAAGAGAUCCCAGGCAAGCGAGAGCACUCUCAGUGUUAUGCUGUUAUGCAUCCACCUGGAAAGUUCACAGCACGUUUUGCAGGUGGGGAUGAUCGAGGGCUGCACGGCGGCAAAGUAG